GUACGAACGGCAGUCCGAAGCGAUCAGCAGACAGAAGCGGUGUAGCUGCAGCUGGCUGUGACCACUAUCAUCGCGACUAAUCACAAACAGCGCCGAUCGUGCCGUCAAUCGCAUUCCGAACGUCAAACGUUCCGGAUCGAUCGAGUCUACGUUACCCCAGUGAAGUGAAGUGAAGCAGAGGAUCGCAGGAUAACGGGUGAUACAGAUGAUCUUGAGCUAGAAUUCGUGCAGAUCGUGAUCCUGCUAGUGAACUGUAUGUGAAAACGAUCGAGUGAAUUAGUGCGAAAGGAAGUUUUUGUGGUGAAGAAAAACUUCCACAGCCCACACGCGCACAACCACACACAUGCAAGUGAUCUAUCUGUCUUCCUCGUAAUCUCGGUCUCCCUCUCAAUGUUCUGGAACUGGUGGGGAUUCCGGUUUUCGUACGACACAGCGGUGUGUCGCUGUUAGUGGUUAUAAAAGCUGUACUACCGUCCGGUCGCACCAGUUCAGUGUGGUGGUGGUGUGGAUCGUUCGCUGCAGACGACGCGGUGAUCACAGUACGUCGUUGCUCCUAUCGGGACGCGCCGACAUUCGGAACCAGUGUUUUACCGGUUAUUGAUGUUUUCAGUGUCAACAGCUUGUCGGGCAGCAGCCGGAACGAAGAUGCACACACAGAACGAACGUGUUGUAGGACUGCUGGUGGUAUUGGUCUGUGCCACGCUAGUGCCCACAGUGAUAGGACAGCAGCAGCUAGUGUAUCGUCAACAAACAGCACCCGCAAAUCGUCGCACACCGUUUGCUGGUCCCACACCCGUUCCUGCCACACCCGCAGCGCCUCAAGCUACGUGGCUGCAUGGUGCCUCAUUCCGGUACAACCCGGCAUCGGCCGCAGUGACGGAGCUGGCCCGGGUGAUUGGUAGCAUACUGGGGCAGCAGAGCAAGGCAGCCGUCUUCUCGCCAGUCAGUAUUGCGUGCGCACUGUCGCUGAUGUUGAUCGGAGCCGAGCAGGAGACGAAGAACGAGCUGAUCCGUGUGCUCGGGUUCCAGCAGUACAAAGAUCACCUGCACAACAUCCACCAGCUGUACAGUGAGAUGCUGAACGAUUUGGCAAAAACGGAGUUCGAUCGUGUGCCGCCACGCUGGCGUACCGCGAAUCCCUGCUACGACGAUGAGGACGAAGAGGAUGCGGCAGCGGCGGCGGCCGAAUAUCCGGCCGAGAAGGACGUGAUACGGGUGACGAAUGCGGUGUUUGUGCAGGAAGGAUUCCCGCUGAACGCUAGCUUCACGUACUACUCGAAGCGUUACUACAACAGUUCGGCACUGAACGUACCGUUCGCCACCAAUCCGGCACGGGCCACUGCCCUCAUCAAUGCUUGGGCACAGCGGAGCACCGAGGGCAAGAUUCGGGACAUCCUGUCCGAGUCGGUAGCGGCCGAGGCGGAAAUGAUCGUUGCCAGUGCACUGUACUUCAAAGCCCUGUGGUCGGAACCGUUCGAGCAGCAGGCGACGGAGUUGAAACCCUUCUACCCGGACGGCCAUGGGCGCGAAUCGAAACUGGUUCCCACAAUGUCUACCGUCGGCUGCUAUCCGUACUACGAUGCGCGCGAAGUGGAUGCGAAGAUCGUCGGUCUGUCGUACCAGGGCAACAAGUCGGCCCUCUACAUCAUCAUGCCGAACAACUCGACGCGCCAAACGAUGCAGGACUUCCAGCGCCGACUAACGCCCGCCAUGAUCGGCGACCUGGUGUCGAAGAUGACCCAGCGCAAGAUGUUCCUGCAGAUGCCCAAGAUGCAGAUCACCAACACGAUCAAUCUGCGCGACGUGCUGCAGCGGCUCGGGCUGCAAACGAUCUUUAACCGCGGCCAGAGCGAUCUGUCCGGCAUGGUGGCUCGGCCGCAACAGAUCGAGCUGUUUUCGACCCGGUUCGGUGAACCGGGUGCCGCCGGACCGGUCGAUCCGUCGUCCGUCAUCUUUCCCACCGAUUACUUCUACUCGGAACCGACCGCCGAUGUACGGCGCGGGAACGGAAACAACAACAUUAACGCUGCACAGCCAGUUCCAGAGCCGAGCAGGAAUCGUGCGACCGAGCCCCCCCGGGUACAGCUGCACGUGAGCGAGUUCAUCCACCGGGUUGAGCUCGAUAUUAAUGAGAAGGGUACGGAGGGUGGAGCGAUCACGACGUCCACCAUCUUCCGGGCGUUACCGUCCAUCCAUUUCCGGAUCGAUGCACCGUUCCUGCUGCUGGUCGGGCAUGACGAUACGCGGCUACCACUGUUCUACGGUACGAUCUACGACCCAACGCCUAUAUGCUGCGAUGAGCUUAUGAAUGGCUCUCAAACAUCUGGCCCUUCGGAGGGAGGAGCCGGUCCAGGGCAGCUCAAGAUUGGGCCAAGAACACACGAUGACGUAGAUGAAGACCGUGCCGUGCGUUAUCUUUCCAAUGUUACACAAGCGUACGUGACGAAUGGCUAUGGCAGUAGCCACCUUAUCAAUGCAAAUAGGCGCUCGCACGCUUGCAAUUCCUGGCACAUGAUGCACCAUGAAGCGUUCGGUGCCGAUCGAAGCCAUUCAGUCUCGAGAGCAAGCUACAGCGUGUCGGUUGUGCUUGUAGUGCAGUACACAGAGUCUAGCAACAAAUCGUUUCCUAGUGCGGAGUGCAGUUCGAAUGCCAAAAUGAAACACUUGCAAGUACUUUCGUUCACAUUAUGGCUACUGCUGGUACCCUUAGCCCACGGUCAGUGGAAUCGCUAUUACACACAAUCGCCCAGCGUGAGGUACACACCGAUGGUUCGUGCACCGCAACGCGUUGCACUUAGGCAAAACUUUGAGAGUGGUCCAACAGCUGCCCCCUCACCAACCCCGGCCCGAAGACAGCCAGCUGCAUCAGCGACGCCCGGCUAUUCGUCUAGCAGCGGGCUAUCGCUUACCCCGGACAAUGAUUCCAAGAUAUCGCAAGUCGUGGUAGACUUCAUGAUGCGCAUCAGCCGAACGUUGGCACAGCAUCACAGCAAGGCAGAGCUGUUCUCCCCCCUGAGCAUCAUUACCGUGGCCAACCUCCUGUUCCUCGGUUCCGGUGGUGUUACACACGAAGAGUUCGGCAAGGUACUCACCCCGUCCAGCAUGAACUGGAAGCGUAUGCAUCAGCGGUACGGUAGUGUGCUAGCGAAUCUCGUAUCACCGGACCCGGUUGACAGUCGACGGGAUCAAUGGCGCCGCCAGACCUGUCCUCACGAUGAGGACUACGACGAUGUCCCGAACUCCCCAGCAGUGAAAUCGCAGGUUAUUCGCAUCGCGAACGGUAUCUUCUACCAGAAGGAUCUUCCCAUGCGUCAGCAGUACGCCAUGUUGGCCCGCAGCCUGUACGGCGCCUUGGUACAACCGAUCGAUCCGCAAAAUUCGGCCGGCUCCACCGCCAUGAUCAACCGGUGGGUGAGCGAUGUGACGGCAGGCAAAAUUCGCAACAUGCUCGAGAGUUCGCUCAGCCCCAGCUCCAGCGUGGUAAUCGCGAACGCACUCUACUUCAAAGCCAAGUGGAAGACCCAGUUCGAACCGCUCGUGACCCGUGAUGCCCCCUUCUUCCCGGACGGGCUGGGUGGGCCGUCCUAUCGCGUGAAGAUGAUGAGCCUUAGCGGAUGUUUGCCGUUCUACAGGGCGCGUGACGCAAUGGAUGUGUCGAUCGUGGGCCUGCCGUAUCGCGACGAUACCAGCACGAUGUACCUCAUCCAGCCGGCCAACUCGAGCCGCGUUGCCGUCAGACAUCUGCAGGCAUCGCUCACCGGCAAAAUGCUCGACUCGUGGAUCGGUCAGAUGAAGCUGCAGUCGACCAGUGUGCGGCUGCCGAAGAUGCAUCUGCGCAACAGUGUCGAUCUGCUGCAGUCGUUCCAGAAGCUUGGCUUCAACUCGAUCCUCAGCCCGGCCAAAAGUGAUCUUUCGAACAUGAUUGACAGUGCGGCCGCGGGACAGAAACCGUACGUGAAUCAGAUCCUGCACAAGCUCGAUCUGGCGAUCGAUGAGGAGGGUACGGAAGGUGCGGCCGCCACCUCGGCUCUGGUCGAUCGUAUCGGAUCGCAGCGACAGUUUAACGGAAACGCACCGUUCCUGGUCUAUCUGCGGCACGAUGCUACCGGGCUGCCGCUGUUCUAUGGACCGAUCUUCGAUCCGCGCUAG